AUGCCCCCAAAAAUCCUUGUUGUAGAUGACGAUUCGGCGAGUGUCGAAGCAGCCAUCGAAGUGCUUGAACGCGAAGGCUACGACCUAUUUGCAGCGUCGGGUGGACGUGAGGCAUUGGAGACCUUAGCCGCUGAAAACAUUGAUGUCGUCAUCACGGAUGAAAAGAUGCCCGACCUAAGUGGGAUUGAUCUGCUCAAGCACAUAAAAGACAACUAUCCCUACACACAAGUCAUCAUCUUAACAGGCUACGGCUCAAUCGACAGUGCGGUCGAAGCCACAAAAGCAGGGGCAGAUGGCUACCUCGAAAAACCGAUACAAAUUAAUAUCUUGCGCCAAACAGCGAAAAACGCACUCGAAAAACGGUCACUCUUCCUCCAGAACGUCAAUCUGCGAGAGCAACUCGAUGACAAGUUUGGGUUUGCGAACAUUAUCGGCACGUCAAAACCGAUGCGAGAGCUUUUCCGCAUGAUUCGACUCGUCGCCCCGACCAAUGCAACAGUCCUCAUCCGCGGCGAAAGCGGUGUUGGAAAAGAAUUAAUCGCGAAUGCGAUUCACAACCAUAGCCGCCGAGAGGACAAACCGUAUCGAACAAUUAACUGCGGCGCACUUUAUCGUGAGCUACUUGAAAGCGAACUGUUUGGUCAUGAACGCGGCGCUUUCACCGGGGCGACUACCCGCAAACUAGGGCUGUUUGAGCAGGCAAAUGGCGGCACCUUACUCUUAGACGAGGUUGGGGAGAUGGGAACUGAAACACAGGUGAAAUUCCUCCGUGUACUGGAAGGACAGGAAUUCACACGUCUCGGCGGAGAUAAACCCAUCAAAACCGAUGUCCGUAUCAUCGCUGCAACCAACGCAGACCUUGAAGAGCGGUGA